CUCCCACCGUGCCCACCGUUUAGUUUAGUGUAGUUGACAAAUUUUUUGUGUUGUGUUACAACAUGUAUACAAACGUAAAAUGUGCGAAAUAAUACUGCUGCGUGAAGUACAGCGGAAUGGAUGAACUGAGCGUGGUGGAUGCCGACGAGCUCAUGGACCUCGACGACGCCGAGCCGUCGGACGUCGAUGACGACGACGUCGAUAACGAGCCGGACGCCGACGAGGAUCAGUUGCACGAGUUGCACUCGCCACUGCAGCUCAAUUCAUCGUCGGCGGCAACUUCAGCUGCCUCAUCACCACCGGCGGCGAUCGACGACUGCGGCCCGCCGUUGUUUCUCUCCGGAAAACCGCUGAGCAUCAAACGCGGACGAGGUAGACCAAGGCGUGAAGGAGGAAAACCAUUUCCACGCCGAAAUACCGUCACGGGUGUUGGCGGGAUGCGCAUGAAGAAGUGGAAACCAGGCGGUAUGAAUUGUGUACGCGGCGCGCCGAAACGCGUCAAGAGUUUCGACCGUAGCGACUUCAGCGAGAUGAUGAUGUCCUCCGCAGACGAGAUGAUUUUGGAUCCUGAAACAGGCGCUUUGGUUCCUGCUGAGCGUGUGCUCGCACAAGAAGAACUCCCUUAUAAACCGGAAUCAUGGCCUGGAAAAGUUUGCGGAUUUUGCAACCUAGGGGAACGCAGUCAGCUAGGCCAAGGGGAACUGAUACGCCUCAUGUGCCCAGAUGGGUUUACUCCUGAACGUGUCACAACUGAACAACUGCCAUCUAGCGUAACCAGCACGCCGGAACACCCUGGUGAUAAAUCUCCGCGCGGGCCUGUCACUUGCCGAAGACAGAAGAGUUUCAACAAGUGUCGGAAUCCAUCGAUGACCAGCGAGUAUGUGGAUGAGUUGACUAUCAUCGGAUACUCGGAAAACCCCGAUGUACAGAGUGUUUUCGAACCGUCGGGGCAUUUUUAUGUGCAUCGAAGCUGCACUUAUUGGAGUCAUGAAGUUACACGUACUGAAUUAUUAGGUUUUGAUAAUGUCGGGCCUUCGUUACUGCUGAGUAUAUCGCGUAAAUGCACGUUCUGCAACCAUUACGGCGCAAGCGCAGCUUGUAAAAUGGAAGGAUGUACGCGAAUCUUCCACUUUCCAUGCGCGACUGCUUCAGGGGCCUUCCAGGAGUUGCGGAGUUGCAGUCUCUAUUGUAACUUGCAUCUGAGUCAAGUUGCACUUAAAUGUGAAAAUUCUGUCUGCUAUACAUGUAAAACCCUCGGUGAUGUAACAAAUUUAAUGUACUGCUCUGUCUGUGGUGAACAUUACCAUGGUUCCUGCGUGGGUCUCGCUCAACAUCCCGGCGUACGCGCUGGUUGGCAAUGCCGUAAAUGUCGCGUUUGUCAAACAUGCCGCCUCACAGGUGAUGAAACAAAACUCCUCACAUGUGAGCAAUGCGAAAAGGUUUACCACGCGAUGUGUCAGCGUCCCAUCGUCGCAUCAAUCCCGAAAUACGGCUGGAAGUGCCGUUGUUGUCGCGUUUGCGGUGAUUGCGGCUCACGUACACCCGGCGCGGGGCUUAGCUCACGCUGGCAUGCGCAUUACACCGUCUGCGAUUCAUGUUACCAACAACGUAACAAAGGUUUUAAUUGCCCGAUAUGCCAUCGAGCGUACAGAGCGCAUGCGCAUCGAGAAAUGGUCCAAUGCUCUGCGUGUCGCAAGUUUGUGCAUGGUACUUGCGACGCCGAAGCUGACCUGGUUGCCUAUCAUCAACGCAAGGAACUGCAUCCCGAAUAUGAAUAUACGUGUUUAAUGUGUAAGAAUAUGCUGUCGAAGCGGAACAGUAUUGACGAGGACUCCAUGUCCGCAUCGCAAGAAUCCCUCUUCGACGACUCAUCGGAGUUCGACGCACCGUACACUGACGACGGGUUUAGAUCAAUGGGCCUUGGUAAGGGUAAACCGUACGCUUGUAAAAUAGCGAAGAAAAGGUUAGGGUAUGGUCCGGGUGGGUAUCCGGGACGGCCAAAAGGCGUUGGUAAACUUAUGCCUGGUAAAGUUGGGUUUAUGAAACGCCAGCGCAUGACUGAAUUCGGGCGCAAACGCGGCGCUAAAUAUAAAAUGCGUGGGGUUUUUGGGGUACCAGGAGUUGGAUUACAACGUCCCACAGCGGAUGGGACAAAAGAUGAAGAACCUGGGAUUGAAAACAGGUUAGUUUUGUGUUCCGCUAAGGAUAAAUAUGUCCUAACGCAGGAUAUUUGCGUUAUGUGCGGAGCAAUCGGUACGGAUCAAGAGGGUUGUCUAAUUGCAUGUGUUCAAUGCGGUCAGUGCUACCACCCGUAUUGCGUGAAUGUAAAAAUAACGAAAGUUAUCCUCCAAACGGGUUGGAGGUGCCUGGAUUGUACUGUGUGUGAGGGGUGUGGCCAACGUGACGAUGAAAACCGAUUGGUCCUCUGUGAUGAUUGCGAUAUAUCUUUUCAUAUAUAUUGCAUGGAUCCGCCACUGACUUUCGUACCACAUGGUAACUGGAAAUGCAAAUGGUGCGCGUUGUGUCAGACUUGCGGCGCGACAGACCCUGGUUUCAAUUGUAACUGGAUGAAUAGUUACACGGAAUGCGGCCCUUGCGCUUCUCAUGUCUCAUGUCCCACUUGCCAGGAGAGUUAUGGUGAAGGCGAGUUGAUUAUCCAAUGCACACAAUGCGAACGCUGGUUGCAUGGGGCAUGCGACAGUAUCAAAUCUGAAUUAGAAGCGGAAAAAUGCGCAGAGGAGGGGUAUACUUGUAUAUUAUGUAGACCACGUGAUGUACAACCACCGCACCUUGUCCCUGUGCCUGUUCUUAAACCUCCUACGCCUACAAAAUCACCAGAUUCCAAGUCUAAUUCGAAUUAUUUUAUGGAUGGUGUGCUCCUGAGUGAAAACGGGCAUAAUUUGAUUAAAUCUUUAUGCUCGGAACAUUCAGCCACUAGAAAAAAGCGGAAAAAGCCUGAGAAAGUUGUCCAGCAUAACAAGGAAGCCGGAAUAAUGGCGACUAUUGAAUCGGUCAUCGCUGGUGUAGGCGCAGGGGAAAAUUCAUUGGAUGCUAAGUUAGAAUUGGUUGAUAUCAAGGACGAGCAUGAUUUGUAUAAGGAAGGAAUGACUUGGACCAAGGAUGAUGGCCCACCUCCCGAGGGUUUCACUCUGUUUACAGGCGAAAGUGGAAUUACAGUCCUACGAAGGAAACGUCAAAGAAAUUUACAAAAAUUAGGUAUAGGAGGGUUUCUUGUAAGAGUUAGGGGGAUACGUGGUCAGGAUAACGAUGAAGUUGACAUGUUACCCGGUCAAACCACACCUACGGAUCCUUUGGGACCUCCAACCAUGAUGGAGACAACUAAUCCCGGAGAGAAACCACGCCGUAAACCAAUUCGACGAAAAAUAAAGAGUAAACUCUCCGAAACUUUCCCGGUAUAUCUUCAGGAUGCGUUUUUCGGGCGGGAUUUACUCGAUUCCCAGAAGGAUCUCAACAGUGAGAGCAGCGAGGAUGAAAAGGAUAAACCCACACUCGAAAAAGAUAAGAUUAUUCAUUUAUCUCAGGAUGAAUUACGUGCUGUUGCUACAGCCAAAGAGAAAAACCUUCCACCUGGUAAAGCACCCGUGCAGAAAACCAAAGGUGUGGCCAGAGUGGUGGGCGUGGUCGCCCCGCCUAAGCUUGUACCGAAAGAAGAGGAUGAAAGUGACGACGCACUCAAUCAAUUCGAACUGCCUGAUAUCCUCGACACGGAUAUCGUUGAUACCAUUAUGAAUGGCGGUGAUGCUUUGGCGAAGAGCGGCGAUAUUCAAGGAUUGGACGCGGAUGGCGAUGCGUCCAAGGAUACCAAAGACGAGUUCGGCGAUAUUUUCAACUUAGACAUACCAAAUAUUAACAGCAAGGAUGUGGAGGAUAUUCUGUUCAAGGGCGUGCUGACUGAUGAGAGUCAAGAGUCGCAGGAGAGUAGUAUCUUUCCGAUUGCCACGCCCAAUGUGGGUGUUGGUGUAUUUCCGGUGGCUACGCCCAGUGGUAAAGGGGCGGGGCCUUCGGUGGGUGUUGUGGGCGUGGCUCCGCAGUCGGCGAUACCGCCGAAUGUCCGGCCAAAUUCACUGCCGGCGAAUAAUUUGAAUUCGCCGCUCAGUUCUUAUCCACAGUCGCCUUAUCAAUCAGAUUUUAGCAAUAGUCCACAGUUUAGUCCGUAUUGUGAACCACCAUCACCGUGGGUGAAUGUAAGUGAGGCUUCUGGUGAAGGAAUGGAUCCUGCUGCGAAUGUACCAACCACAUAUAAUCAACGGUCAUCGGAAAAAAUGAAAGCUGAUGAAGCUUUGGGACUUUCCGCGACGAUUUCGGCGGUUUUGUACGCGAAUACUAAUCAACCCGAAUGGAAAACUGAAUUCCCCGUAUGGAGUGACCGUUAUAAGCAGAUAAUCAAAAAAUGGCGCACGCUUAGCAACGAAGCAAAAGCUCCUUUCCUCCAGCGCGCCAAAGAUAAUCGCUCCGCGCAGCGCAUGAAGAAGGCCCAACAGAUCAGCAAGGAGAGCAACGGCGCCGCGGUGAAGGCGGCGCAGGCGCAACAGCCGGCCGUGCCCGCAGUCGCGAGUCCCGUCCACGCGGCACAGCAGCCGCCAACGGUCUCAGAGGUGUGCACCGCCCACUCACAACAGCAAGCACGCCAGCUACUACUAACCACCACCGCGUUAACUAGCGUCCCUAGCGCCCCCAGCGGCGCGUCCACGCCGACGCCCAGCCCCAGCCCACUGUCAAUCACGCCCCCAUCGCGCCCCGGCUCCGUCCCACCACAACUCACACCACCACCACCACAGCCACAAUUAUCAUCAUCAUCUCACGUCACUGUCACCAUUCCCACGCAGCAGCAGUUCACCGUGCACGGCCCGAUUCUUGGACCGGGCGAUCAUUGCCACGGCCCCGCCCCAAAUGUCACUGUCAAUCCUCUGUAUUCGGAGCCGGCGCCGUCCCCGUCGCUGCGGCACGCGCACGCCCAGCCGCCGCCAUCAGCAGCGGCUGACCAUCAGAUACGCGUGCUCACCCCGUCCGAAAUAAUGCGCACUCUUCCCUCCCUCUGUCAGGAAGCCUGCGAGCCACCGGAACAAGAAAAGAUGACCAAUCAACAGAAGUCUGCGCGGGAGGCGGAGCAAGAACGCCAAUGGAAACAAAUGCAGGCUUUACGCCAUCAGCAAAACCAACAACAACAACACGUGCUUCAAGAACACCGUGUACAAGGUACGAACUCAAUUGUUCGUGUGCAGAGGCAAUUGUCUGAAGGUAAUCAACACUUUAUGCAAGCGGAAGGUAUGUCACCACAACAAGGCGAAAUGCAUGGUGGUGAUGGGUUUGUUCAACAAACACCUCCGCAAAUUGUAAGGUCUAUAUCUGCUGAUCCCUACGCGCAUCAACCGGCUACGCCACGCCCUACUGCGACACCACGCCCACCAUUAGCAUUUCCGCAGAAAACUGAACCGGAAGCAAACAGGCAGCUCAGGGAUUUACUGCAGAGACAACAGUUUAAAAAGUUGGAUGAUCAGUUGUUAGCUGGUAAAGGGCAACAGAGGGUAUGGCCACCUGGUGAGGCAGGGCAAGAAGUCCUGCCGAUUGUAAGUGAAAAUCAAACGGUUACAAGCGAGGCGACAUUUAGGCAACCACUUCCGCCUACGUGUAGAUUACGUGUGCCUGUUCAGACUAUUAGGCAACCAAUAAGUAAUCUUCGAAUGCAGUUGGAUCCUACUAGGAUGCAAGGUAUAGAUCCAAGGAUGAGGCAUAUUUUGUUACAACAGCAGCAGCAGCAACAACAACGCGCGCAGGUUCCGGUACAACAGGGCGGUGUUGUACAACAACAGUUUCAACAAACGCCGCAUGUCCAACAGCAACCGAGAUUUGUCACGCCUCAACAACUGCAACCUAUUAGACAUGCCUCGGCUGAGAUUGAUCAGUUGUUGAUUCAACGCGCUGCGGCUAAUCAAUUCCCAGCGAAUCAGAUACGUCCUAACCCGAAUCAGAUCCCUACUACUUUAGUCCAACAACAGAAACUGCCGCAACUUCCACAGCAAGGUAUACAACCACAGCAACAACAACAACAGAAUGUUGAUCAACCAGGUGAACAUGAAAUCCCUGAUAAUGUAACUGCGGAAUUAGAGAAACUGGAGCAGGAGUCUAGUUCUAUGGUUGAAUUACAAGGCGUGGGUGAUAUCCUUGGUGGGUUAGGAGAUGAUGAGGAUGAGUUGUUGGCUGAAAUGGGCGCUGAUUUUAAUAUUUUGGAGUAUGCGGAUCCUGAAUUAGAUGCUUUGGAUGGCGAGAAGACUAAUAUUUUAGACUCGUUGGAUUUGGUUGAUGCUGCCGAACCGGAAAAGGAUGAUAAAAAGGAUAAAGCGCCUUUGGUUAAAGCUCAAGCGCCGCAACCGCAACAACAGAGUCAACAGCAACAGCAGCAACAACAGGAAGCUGUAAGGUCGAUUGAAUCACAACUGCAAGCGCAAGCCCCGCCUCAUUCCGUGCAAGCAAUCAAUGUUGUACAGCAACAGAUGCAGAAAAUGCAACCGCCGCCAUUGGUUGCAACGCAACAAACACAACAAUUGUUACAGCAGCAACAACAGCAACAGCUUGGAUCUAUGCAACCACAACAACAGUUGCAUAUGAUUCCACCACAGAUCAAUCAUCAAUUGAUACAUCAACAAAUGUUACAACAGGUUCAGCAAUGUGCCGCACGUGGUAAACCAAUGGCGCAAGGAUCACGCAUAAUGUCGCAAGAUGGCGUUAUUGGUACAGUGGCUGCUAACAACAGCAUUAUCUUAAGCUACAGCCCACAACAUCAGCAAAGAAUGUUGCAGAUUCAAAACAAUCAAAAGUUGCAAAUGCGUAACUUGAACAAUCCACGAAUGGCAGCGCCGCCUGGUGUGAUGCAAACACAACAGGUUGUACAACGCGCUGUUGUUCAACAACCACCACAACAGGCUCCGCCUCCUCCACCACCAUACCCGGGCCCGCCUCCGCCGUAUCCGGGCAAUGGCCAACAGAUGGGAGGCCCGCCCCUUCGUCAUGGGCCACAUUUUGCGCACGCGCUGCGCAGGCCCGCCUUGCUCUUGGAGGAGCAACCGCUUUUAAUACAAGAAUUAUUGGAACAGGAGAAGCGCGAGCAAGAGAAGCAGCUCCAGUCGCAAGGUGCGGAAGUUUCUUCAACCAGCAGUCUUGCUGGUACUGCCCUUCUAUCGGAUAACGACUUUGAGAAUCUGUUGAAAAAUGAUUUCGAGACUAAUAGUGAUCCGAUGUUGGGCAACAACACAACUGUCCCGAAUCAAGUUCAAGGGCAAAUGAUGCAGCGUGGUGGUUUUGUACAACAACCAACUGCACCGCAACAAUGGCAAGCGCAACAACAACAGAAUCGUAUGCAGGUGGCGCCACCACAGCCUCCACAACCGGAAAUACCAAGGGUACCACAGUUUCAAGGUGUUUCACUUCCGGCUCCUCCUGUACCACCAGAGAAUAUUUUAUCGGAGGCGGAUAAACAGGCGUUGUUGGCGUAUGAGCGAUGGCUGCAGAUGCAGAAUAAUCACCUGACGGCGCAGUUGAAGUUCUACGAGUCUGAGGUCCAUGCAUUGAGAAAAGUUAGAAAGUCGUUGAACAGCAAGCAGCGGCAGUGCAAGAAGACCGGCACGCAACUGAGCGAUGCCGACGCGCUUGAAUUGCAACGCACCUCGGCGCAGAUCACCGGGUUGCAGAAACAACUGGAGAAUGCUCGCAAACAGACCAAACAACAUACACUUCUCAUGCAGGAUUACGCUGGCAAGAAGCAGAGUAAACAAGGUGGGCAACCUACGCCACCUUCAAGCUCCCCGAUACAUCCACCGCAAUCACCUAUGAUGUCACCAUCAGCAUCACAAUCGCCAAUGAUGCAGCAUAAUUCACCGAUGCAUAGUCCAGCGCCUUCGGUGUCUCACUCACCUGGGCCCAGUGUAUUGCAAAGUCCGAAUAUGAAUCAAGUUAUGUCACCAAUGCAACCAUCACGUAUUGGUACACCUCAUUCUCAGAAUGAGGGUAGUCCUGGUCCGGUGCAAUCUCCUUUAAUGCAUCUACCACCUCCUCAGAUGAGAAUGACUUCUCCUCAACACCGUAGGGUGGUUACCAGUCCAAUAGGGUAUCCUGAUUUGAGACCUGGUGGUCCUCAACGGUUUGUACGACCUCAACUCGAUAGAGUUCGAUUGCCUUCCGGACAAAGCUCUCCGAGUGGAUAUCAGUCGAAACCUGGUACUCCUAGUCCACUGAAUAGUCCACCUCCACAGCAAAUGAAUCAACAACUGCUGCAGCGACAUUUGCAACAACAGGCGUUUUUCCAACACCACCACCAACAACAACAGCAGCAGCAGCAGCAACAACAAGUACAGGAUGUUAAUCAAGACGGCGUGAAUUCCCCGAAGAUUGUACAACUCAUCCAUCAAAGACAAAUGGUUAGGGGACAAAUGCCACCCCAGGGACAACCAAUGAGCCAACAACAACAUCAGUUGAUGCUACAACAGCAACAAGCACUUAAACAACAGCAGCAGGUGCAGAUUCAACAACGGUUGCAACAACAACAACAACAGAUGCAAAUGCAACAACAGCAGAUGCAGCAGCAAAUGCAACAGAUUCAAUUGAAUCAACAACAACCACCGAAUUCACCAAUGCCACCACAAAGUCCUUCGUUAAAUCAACAAAUUAUGUCGCCGCAUUCGAUGACUAGCCAGCCACCAUCACCUAUGGUGUCGUUUAACCAUCCGCCGAAUUCUCCAAUGCCGAAGAGUCCGGCCAUACACCAUCAACCACCGAGUAGUCCUAUGAUUCAUCAACCACCAUCACCAAUGCCGCGUAGUCCGAUGGUUCCACAACGUCGGCCGGCUAGUAGUAGUAAUAGUCCUGCGACAGACAAUCCACGCACACCAUAUAACGCUCUAACUGACCCAAAUGUACCGGAUAAUGAUCUUGGUGGUGGGGGUAAUCCACACAAUGCGCCUAUACCAUGUCCGCCUAGUUUUGGGAGGUUUGGUUAUAUUAAACUUGGUUUGAGAGGAGGGUCACCUAUGUGGGGAUCGGGAUAUGCUCGUUGCGAAAAAGGCCCUGGAGCAGCCGCACCACCGCCUUUGCAAGAACCUGUAGAAGAUCCAACAUCUUCAGGAGAUGCUAAAACCAACCCAGCUACACCAAAGUUUAAGAAAGAAUCACAUCUGAGUAAAGUUUCUAUUUUGAAGAAAAAAUCACCUGCUAAGUUAACUUUAUCUAAAGUCUCAGCAAGUUCUUUGGUAAGCCAAGAAUAUAAUGAAUUCGAAGAUAGUUCUUCGCCACCUCCCUCAAUUGCAUCAACUAGUAGAAUCAUCAGAACAACCGGUAAAAAACUUCCUGGUGCGUCUGCUGGUCCUGAAGAAGAUGAUAUCUUAAUGAUGGUUCCUCCUGAGAAAGCUCUACCCAAUGACAUCAUGGAAUACGAUAUUGAUAUCGAUGUGGAUUCUUCUGUUGUAUCCACUGAGGUGUCUCUAAAUUCUGCAGCGCAACAGAAUGAUGGCGAUGAUAUGGCAGUCAUACAAUCAUUCAUGUCUCAGGACAUUAGUGAAGGAUUGUCGAGUCCUUUGGAAGCCGAUCAGAUCCCAGAUGAGUACAUGUUGUUUGAUAUUGCUGGUAAUGCACAAUAUUCUGACAAAGAAGAUGAUACGGAGACCAUGCAAUAUGUCCUGCAAAGUCCAACAACCAGCGACGAAGAAGAAUUGAUUCUUCAAGGGCAAACUGAUGAUUUGAAUAUGUUGGUUCAUGAAGAUUUGAACGAAGCUGAGAAUGAGGCCGAGUUAGAAAGUGAAUCUGGGGCUGAAGUGGAGAGUGAAGAGAUAACAAUGGCAGAUGAAUCACCUGAAGAAGAAUCUUUCGAAGAUAAUGAACACAAGGAUCAUAUUUCUACUAAAGAGGACUUUGAGGAGUUGAUUGAUGAGCGUGAAAUAGACAAUAAGGCCAAUGAAGUGCUUAAACUUGACACGCAACAUAUAAAUGAGAUACAUAAAUAUGCUGCGAAUAUGGUCUAUCCCACCACGCCAGUUGGUAAUAUUAUCAAAACCGUGACAAAUGUACGACCUAACUUGGUUAGCAUCAAAGGUACACCACCCAAAAUGACUUUGAUUACACCUCUGGCGAAUUCAGCUAAAAAAGACAUUAUUAUAACAACACAGGCAUAUAAAACACCAGCGUCAAUGGCGGCGGUUUUAUUAAAAGGUGGAACAGUAAGGAAUAACAUCAUAAAUGUACCAAAGUUGGGUUCUUCAGCCUCGCCGGCCAUUACAAUCGUCAGCGCUAGUACAUCACAAAUCGCAUCCAUCUUACCAUCACGGUUUACCGUGCCGGUGAUUAGCGCGAGCGCCAUUUCAAAACUGCCAAAUGUAAAGGUCAUUGAUAAGUCGUCAUCGAGUUGUUUGUCGCUUGCAACACCGCAGGAUACCUCACUGCCAAAGAAAAUAUUUGAAGAUGAUUCAGUAUCGCCUGAAAGUAGUAAUACCGAGGAUGAGAAGAAAGAGGAUUCUCCCGAGGAAAGUAUUGCGCUUAAAAAGGUUACAAUCAAAAAGGAACCCGUUGAAGAACCAGCUGAAACCAACGAGAUGAAAAUGACUACGACUACAACAACCACACAAAUUGAAGUCCCACCAGCAGAUGUUACUGUAAACACUCCUGUGAAGCAAGAGAUUCAGUUUAUGAUGCAGGACGCCAGUGAUAAUCACGCGGAUGACCACGAUCAUAAAUCCGUGGUGAUUUCUAUUCUCCCAACACCAUCACAGGAACAAAUGUUGGAUAAUAUAGCUAUGCAGGCGUUUGAAAGUAGGAGGAGGGAUGGAAAUGGUAUGCCUGGCGAAUUUGAUUCCCUGGAUGAUGUGUUAAAUAUGAUCGAGAACAUUGGUAAAUCAGUAGAUGAAGAAGAAGCUGGUCCCAAGGAAAUUGAAAAGAAGGUUGAGGUUGACAUUGUUACAUCAUGCACAUCUACACCUGUUGUUACAGUUAAACAAGAAGUAUCUACUUCAACACCUACAACUACUUCAAGUACAACAUCUUUGGUUAGUUCUGUGACUGUUGCAACAUCUACAACGGUAACAACUAGACCUAGUAGUACGAUGCAGUUGUCUCCAUUAUCACAACCAACUGAAGUGACCAAUAACAUUGCGAAUGUUUCUGAACAAUUGCGAACUUUGUUGACUAAUGCAAUGCAUACGUCAACAGUUACGAAGACUUUAAAUGUCGACACGACGAAGACCAGUGGGGAUAAGAUGUCCGUUGUGGUAUCUUCUAUCAAAUCAGAGACUAUUACAACUGCUCCUAUUACUUCUAGUAUGCUUGCGAAUGCUAUAAUUGUGAAGACUGUGUCUUCACCAAAGCGGGUGUCUUCCCCGGCUGUAACAACAACACAGGGACCAAUGCAGGUGGCAGUUCCAGUGACAACUCUGGCUGUUGUAGCUACAACUACUCAGUCAGAACAACAACCUCAACCGCAACAACAACUGCAGGUUGUAAUGGAAACCGCUGUUACUGCUGUGGUUUCUUCCACUAGUCAAAUUCAAAGUCCUAAAGUACAAAGCGUGCUAACACCACCUUUGAUACUCCAACAGCAACAACAACAGCUUCAAAUUCAAAAGAAACCUUCGUUAAGUUUGAAUGCGAUGUUGCAAUCACAUCCGGCUGCGACUAUGCCCCAAACAUCUCCGGGGACUAUAACAACAGCGUCGAUUUUAGGGUCUUCUAUACCCUUGACGAGACCUUCAUUGGCUUCCCUAGCGCAAGCUAAACCCAAUGUGGUAUCACCGAUAUCCACUGUUGCUGUUUCUACGAAUGUUACAACUCAAUUGAAUGCACCAUCUACAACAACGCCGAUGUUGUUAGCGUCGAAUCCAGCGACUUCUGCGUUUGCUCGUACACCAACCAAUUUACUGCAUACUCAGUUGACGAAAACAACUGUUACCAGGACGAAAUCAGAAGAUGAGAAACCUGUUGAUGACCAAACACAGUCUAUUACUGGCGAGUUUAUUAAAAAUGAAACCGCGAAGAAUACACCUGUGCAGAGUGUAACAUCAUCGUCAAAUAAUAUCCCUAUGUCUACUUUGAGCAGUCUGGUGGCGGUUUCUGCUCCGAAUAGGAUGGAGGACUCACAAAAUGUGCUUUUGAAACAACUGCUGCAGAACACUGCCUGCGCCUCUUCGCAAUCAACAACACCAGUCAGUACGGUGUCGGUGUCUUCCAAUUCGGGACCCAGUCUACCUUUGGUGCCGAAUUUAGCGGCGCAGUUAGCGCGGCCUGCCCCAACGCCGACGAGCUUACUCCCGCCCAUUUUACAAAACGACACACCUAGUAUUACAACCACUCCGAGUACAUUGACGGCGAUCAGUUCUACAACCCCCAAUGUACUUCCCACACAAUCAGUAAAGACCAAAACCCCGAUAAUUCGUGAGACUUCUUUUGUUUCUAAACCGGUUGCGCAGACUCCGCCGCCUCCUCUACAAAUUCAAAGUCAGCAACAAAAUGUACAACAGCAACAAACACCACCUCAACAACAACAACAAAUGCAGCAGGUGUAUCAAAUGCCACAAACACAACAGCAGCAACAUGUUAUGCAAGCGCAACCCCAACAACAAUUACACAUUGAUAUCAAGAAAGGGUUACCACCAAGUAGGACUCCGAGUAGAGAUGAUUUACUAUCACCAGCUACACCUCGAUCUACAUGUAGUCAAGAUUCCAGCCUACAGACACCACCGUUGAUUGUAAAGAAAGAAUUGACAUCACAAAGUCCCGUACUAGUCACGCACGAAGUCAAGAAGGAACUGCUGGAUGACUGCUCACAACACUCUGAGGUCUCCGAUCAUAGUAAGUCUGAUGUUACAAUGAAGGAGGAAAUCGAUGAUACGAGUGUGGAGAAGCAGAUACUCGAUAAAGAAGAACUCAAGAAACAAAAGCGGCGGGUUUACCAACAAAAACGUAGACAGAAUCAGAUCCUGAACAAAGAAGGCGGUGGUCAACCAAGUGGACAACCCAAGAAGCGCACCCGUAAGAGUUCAAAGGUUGACGAGGAUUACGAUUCAUAUAUAGAGAGUGUCCUUGCACAACUUAGGACUUUACCACCUAUGGUUGUUUCCGAACCUGUGCUGAGUAAGAACUUUGCAGUAGUACCUGUGUACGGCUCCGGAGAUCAGUCCAAGUUGGGUUCGAAGGAGUUUGAUCCGCGUGUGGGAGAUCUCCUUGGAACUUAUGGUAAUGCAAUAGUUCCUGGGUUUGCUGAUUUCUACAACUCCAAACCCUAUGGGGAGCAAGAACAACUUCCUGAAAAACCACCAACGUCAACACAGCGUGGUUUCUACGAUCAAGAGUUUCCUCUUAUUAGAUUUGACAGUGAUGAUGAGAGGAAAUGGGAACUGUUUGCGCGGGAAGACACUCCUGAUUCAUUGGUGUAUUCAUCAUCUCCCGAAAGUUUUGAUGAACCUAAGCGUUUCAUGGGAUUACGACUCAUUGAACAGGAGGAAAGUUUAGAUGGGUCGGAUCAACCAGAUAAAGGGAGACUAUCCCCGAUUAUACCAAUUAUUGCGCCUGUGCCGAUUAGACUUAAACCAACAAGUCUCAAUCUCAAAGACUAUCCAAACCUGGACAAAGAAAACAUAUGCAGUUUGCCAGGCAGCGCGAAGAGUAAAUUUGGUACACCAGGUCCUGGUACACCACUUAAAGACUCUGGUAACGUCACCGUUACAUUAACAUUGACUUCAUCGGCUGCGGAGGACAUUAUGGGCGUUUUGAGAGAUCUGGCGAAUAUUUUACAUAUUCCUGCGCCUACAAGUUAUCAGAUUGUUGAGAGGACAGGCACACCACCAAGUCAAAAGUUAGGUCUGUAUCGCACAAAGGGUAAAGAUGGCAAGGAAGGCGCACCUAUUGACAUUCAAAGUAUUCUCAAUGGAGAUGCGAAAUUCUGCCGGCAUUGCGAUGUUGUUAUCCUAAAUAACAUGAUCAGGAAGAAAGUCUCCGAGCUACCAUUCCUCAGUAAAGACUCUGAAUUGUUAUCAGAUGGGGAUGAGAUCUACUUUUGCAGUUCCAGUUGUUACAUGCAACUUGCUUUGAUGCAUCGAAGUCCAUCGAUCAGUGAAGAUAGAGCUGCGGCGUUAAUCAAACAUCUAUGCCAGAAAGAAGACAAGAAGAAACUCGAAAUUACAGAUAUUGAACGCAUGGAGGUGGAUAACAUAAUAUCACCUGUAAAAUCAGAAAGACCCAUUACUAUUAAAUCUGAAGAAGACGAAACAAUGCAAGUUGAUGAUGUCGAGGAGAUACAAAAAUGGAAGAACAUCAAGUACAAAGUCUUUACACCAAACUGCAUCCACCCUGCUAAUAAAUACAAGAAACCCACAGAUAAAGAAUUAAUGGAGUUGAUGUACAGAUUACGAGUGACUGUUAUGCCGACAAAAGUUCCGGAUGACACUAGGAAAUGCAUGUUUUGUAAUGGGACAUCGGAUGCUGUGGCGGAUGGACCAGCUAGAUUGCUUAACUUUGACGUAGAUAAGUGGGUACAUCUCAAUUGCGGUCUCUGGUCAGAUGGGGUUUAUGAAACUGUCAAUGGCGCAUUGAUGAAUUUACCAGCAGCGUUACAGGCUAGUUUGGUGGCUACUUGUGUGCAAUGUAAUCAAAUUGGGGCGACAAUUCGAUGUUUCAAACCACGCUGUUCGAAUAUUUACCAUCUACCGUGUGCGGUGAAGGACAACUGCGUUUUCUACAAGAACAAGUCAACCUUUUGCAGUGCACAUGUCCCCAAGAACGAAAAAGACAAUGAAUUGACUACGUUAUCGGUUGGUAGAAGGGUGUAUGUUGAUAGGGACGAGAAUAGGCAAGUUGCCGCUGUUAUGCAUCACUCUGACCAGAAUAAUCUAUUGCGGGUGGGAUCGUUGAUCUUCUUAAGCGUGGGUCAAUUACUACCGCAUCAAUUGGCCAAUUUCCACACGGCGAAUUAUAUCUAUCCGAUCGGGUACAAAAUUAUACGGUUUUAUUGGAGCAUGCGUCGAUUGAACAAACGAUGUCGAUAUAUCUGUUCUAUUCAAGAAUUAUCCGGACGUCCCGAGUUUCGUAUUCUGGUCCAGGAGCCAUCCGAAGAAGAUCAAGAAUUUCGAGAUUCGUCCUGCAAAGCUGUAUGGUUGAAAGUUCUGGAACCGUUGGCUCAACUCAGGAGAGAUAAUCAAUGCGUGCAGUUGUUUACACAAUUCGUAAGCGGAGAAGAUCUCUUUGGUUUGAGUGAGCCUGCCGUGGUGAGAGUGUUGGAGUCACUGCCCGGCAUUGAGACCUUAACGGAUUAUAAAUUUAAAUAUGGACGCAAUCCACUGCUGGAGCUACCGCUGGCGAUUAAUCCCAGUGGCGCGGCAAGGACGGAACCUAAGGCGAGGAAUCAACUGCAUUGGAAACGACCGCAUACACAGCGGACAGGAAAUUCGGCAAGACCUGUGUUUGCUUCAACAGCAGCGGCACAACCUGCCGGAGAAGCGGCGUGUCCAUAUAGCAAGCAGUUUGUGCACUCGAAGAGCUCUCAAUACAAGAAAAUGAAGCAGGAGUGGCGAAAUAAUGUGUUUUUGGCAAGGAGUAAAAUUCAAGGACUGGGCCUGUAUGCGGCGAGGGAUCUAGAGAAACAUACCAUGGUGAUUGAAUACAUCGGGGAGAUUAUAAGGUCCGAGUUGUCCGAGACGAGGGAGAAAUUUUACGACGCCAAGAAUCGAGGAAUAUACAUGUUCAGGCUGGAUGAGGAGCGGGUAGUGGAUGCCACACUCUGCGGGGGGUUAGCGCGGUAUAUAAAUCACUCCUGUAAUCCUAAUUGCGUCGCUGAAAUUGUUGAAGUGGACAGAGAUUUGAGGAUUAUCAUCUUUGCUAAACGAAGGAUUCAACGCGGCGAAGAGCUUGCUUACGACUACAAAUUCGACAUAGAAGAUGACCAACACAAGAUUUCUUGCAUGUGUGGUGCGCCCAACUGUAAGAAAUGGAUGAACUAAAUAUUCGAAACAUUCCAAAUGAAUAACGAAAUGAAUUGACUCUCGACUGGCCGUAAUAUUUGUAAACAUAUUGAUGAGAUUUAUGAUGCAAGCAAACGUGAAAAUCGAACCGGCACAGAACAGAGUCUAUAUUGCAUAAAUGUUUUACUGUGGCUUAGGGUAGGGACCAAAAAUACAAAACUAGCUAGGAGUAAGUAGGAACUUAUACAUAAAUAUAUUAUAUAUAUAGAAUGAUGAAGGAACUAAACACAAAUCACGUAAAGCGGAAAUUAUAACUGGAAUUCAAAAGUGAAUUUAAGAGAUUUCGUUUGUUGUACAUAAUUAGGCUCAAAGUUAAAUUAUUCUUCUACGAUUACAACGAGGCGUGGCGACGCGCUGAUGUUUUAUGUUUUUUUUGCGAUUGUAUAGUAUAUAUAUCAUAUAUAAACACACACAUACACACACCCACAAACAUACUGAAUUAAGAAUGUGCUAUUUUAUCACUGGAUCCAAUGUUAGCGUUGUUCAACUAACAUAGCCUUUUCAUAACUAGCCUUAUUAUCAAGCACGACUAAGAUGAGUUUAUAUUUGUAAAAAAAAAUGAAACAACCGAGAGAGAAUGAGAGCGAGCUGUGCAAUAUUAGUUAGGACAGCGUGGACGCACGAAAGGAUUAAUUAAUUGAGAUGUAGCUGGAGUGUAAGGCGACUUUUUUGUACAUUAGUAUUAAAACCGAUUGCAGCCCAUUGAUGUCUUGUCGAGAGGGUGGAUCGGAUUGUAAUUUGUAUUUUUAUUUCUCUUUCUUUUUUAUUGUGGAGACGUAGUCUCCGAUUGUUAUUACAUUUUAUGGUAUACGUUCUAUAUGUUUCUAUCCGACUCUUGUAUAGCUUAGGUUUAGUGCCAUUAAUUCUAAUUAUUGAUAAAUGACGAUUGAGCGAUUAACUGUUUUUCACACUCACACAUACACACACGCAUGCACGUAAUGAAGAGCGGCCCGUUAGUGAUAUUAUUAGACAAUAAUAAGAUGGGUCGUUUGGUUUCGUUUGUAAUAUAUGUAAAAGUUUCCACGCUGUGGCUGCGAACGCAAUUGAUAUCAUGCACGUUAGUCAAUUGCGCUCAUUGCGAAUGGCGUCGGGAUCGAACACUAGUUAAACACGCAGAUGAAAAGAGCGGAUGAAAACAUUUUUUACAACCACACACUACUUGAUUUCGAUAGGAAUGUGACAAUCACUCAAUCAUGUAUUUGGUUUUUCUUGCGGCAGAAAAAUGUAUGUAUGUAAACGAAACAACUUAGCACUACCUGAUAUGUUUAUUGUUUAUUGUACAAAAAAAUUAAAUGAAUCAUUUAUUAAAUACUGGUUUGUUUCGUGUAUGA